AUGGCCGAGAGCAAAAAGCCCGCCGUCCUCAUCGUUGGUGGUUUAGGUUUCAUUGGCCGCCAUCUCGCCCUCUACCUACAUGAAAAUAACUUGGCCUCGGAGGUCCGACUUGUCGACAAGGUUCUGCCUCAGCUGGCGUGGCUGGCCCCUGAGUUCCAGGAAGCUUGUUCCAAAGACAAAUUCGUCCAGGCCGAUGCCAGUCGUGAACAGCACUUCCCUCGUAUCUUCGACCGUGCCAAUGGCGAACAAUUCGACUACGUGAUCAACUGCGGAGGUGAAACGAGGCACUCACAACCGGAUGAUGUCUACGAAGUCCGCAGCUACGCCCUCACCGUUGCCCUGGGUCGUGAAGUCGCCCGUAGAGGCAUCCGCUCGUUCGUCGAGUGCUCGACCGCGCACGUCUACAAAAGCGGCUCAAGUCCCCGCAAGGAAGAUGACAAGCUGCAGCCAUGGCACAAGCUGGCCAAGUGGAAGAUGAAGGCCAGUGAGGAGCUGCAGAAAAUCCCGGGUCUCAACUACUGCUUGUUGCGUCUGCCCCAUGUUUACGGAGAGUACGACUCGGGCUACUUCGCUAUGGGAGUCUGCCUGGCUCGUGUUCACCUGGAUAUGCAGAAGGAUUUGGAGCUGCUCUACACCAAGGACCUGAAGAUCAAUACCGUUUACGUCAAAGAUGCAGCCAGCGCCUUGUGGAAGGCUGCGGAAUGGAGAGCAAGCGCCCCGACGGACGGGACCGCUCCCACCGCUUUCAACGUGGUCGACCAUGGAGAUACUCGCCAGGAGCAUAUCGCACAAGCCCUGUCGGAAGUCUUUGGGCUCAAGUGUGACUUUUUGGGCUCUCUAGCUUCUCAGCUGGCGAAACUGAACCUCGACGACGUUGUGGAUGAUAUGAAUGAGGAGUGUUUGCAGGGUUGGGCCGAUCUGAUCGAAGAGAAAAAGAUCGAACGACCCGGACCCAUCAGCCCAUUCCUGGAGAAGGACGUGAUCAAGGAUCAGGACAUGUCUCUGGAUGGUACGCUAUUUGAGAAGACCGUUGGGUGGAAGCCUACCCGAGAGCGCUUCGAUGCCGAUGCCGUCCGAGCCAUGGUGGACAGCUACAAGCGAAUGGGCUGGUGGCCAUAG